AGUGGACAACCAGGGCUGUUGAGCUGCCUGCCGUCACAAAGCCCAGCUCCGAGCCAGAGCACCGGGGGCUCCACCUGUGCCACCUGCAUGGAUGCCAGGAGCUGGGCCCCCGGAAGGUGGCUAUGCCCGCCCGGGGUCACGUUGCUGGCCUUCGCCUCUCUGCUCAGCUGCCUGCUCACGUCUGGCCAGGCCAAGGUCUACAGUCGCUGUGAGCUGGCCAGAGCGUUACAGGAGUUUGGCCUGGACGGAUACCGGGGAUACAACCUGGCUGACUGGGUCUGUCUUGCUUACUACACAAGUGGCUUCAACGCAGCUGCCGUGGACCACGAAGCUGAUGGAAGCACCAACAACGGCAUCUUCCAGGUCAACAGCCGGAAGUGGUGCAGGAAUUUCGACCCAGAGGCCCCCAACCUGUGCCAGAUGUACUGCUCCGACUUGUUGAAUCCUGACCUCAAGAAUGCUGUUAUCUGUGCCAUGAAGAUAACUCAAGAGCCCCGGGGUCUGGGCAGCUGGGAGGCCUGGAGGCAUCACUGCCAGGGCAAGGACCUCAGAGACUGGGUGGAUGGCUGUGACUUCUAG